AUGGAGGUGGUGGAGGAGGGAAAACGCUGUCCAAACUAUCGUGGGGAAGCGUGUGUCCCCGAGAGCUUCUUUGAUCGCGUAACGCUUGCGUUACGCGGUGAUCUCGAACAUGAGCGUGACAGGCGUCUCCAACUGGCGGACACUGUCUUGAGGCAUCGAGCUGAGUUUGCAUUUGCUCAGCUUGAGAACGAGGGAGCUUUGACGUCUCUGCGUGCCGAGCUAAGGGUAGCUCGUGGGGAUGUUGACCGGUCUCGGGCUGAGAUGACUGCUCUUCAGACCCUUGCUGAUAUCCACCAUCGGGAGCACAAGGCUUUCUGUGAGAUUCUUGAGCGCAAGGGCGUUCUUCAUCGGAAGAAACAGCGUACUGUUGGUACGGCUUAA